AUGAAGCUCUUGCCAUUGCUGCUCGUAUUCUUCGGUGUUUCUCUGGGUGAGGUUGGGAAAAUUUCAGAAGAUGACGACAUAGAGUUGGAAAGACAGGUCAAAAUGAUGAAUAGGCCGCCGGUUAAGACAUUCACGACCGAGGAAGGCGAUACCAUCGAUUGUAUUGACAUUGAUAAACAACCAUCGCUACAACAUCCUUUGUUGAAGAAUCACAAAAUUCAGAAAGAACCGACGUUUCAAGUCACUAGCUUUGGUCGCAAUCUUUCGCGUAUAAAGUUUGUACAAUUUGGGUUGAGAGAACCAUGUCCGAUUGGAACUGUACCAAUUCUUCGAGUAACAAAGAAAGAUUUGAUUAGGGCGAGAGCCUUACCAAAGAUGCCAUCUUUAGCAGCUUUAAGACAGGAUGCUCUUCAAUCCAAUCAACAUGUGAUUUCUUUGGUGGACAAUAAGAUAGAAAAUAUUAAAUAUGGAGCUUAUGGGAGAGCAUCCGUCUACAAUAUAUCUGUUGCCAGUGACCAAUUCAGUUCACAUAAUAUAUGGAUUCAAACUGGGCCUAGAGAUCAUGUUAGCAUGAUUGUAGCCGGUUGGAUGGUUUCUCCACAACUCUAUGGUGAUAGUCUUUCUCGGUUCUUCAUAUACUGGACGGGCAAUGGUUACCGUGACGGAUGCUACGACGUGUUGUGUCCAGGUUUUGUCCUUGUGAAUAGGGGAGCACCCAUCAGAUCACCCUUGCGUGGUUCUACUUAUGGUGGAGAUCAAUAUGAGGUUUCGAUCCAUAUCGAACAGGACCGUGAAACUGGGAAUUGGUGGCUGAUAAUCAAUUACCCUCCGAUUAAAGUAGGCUACUGGCCAAAGGAACUAUUCGUGAAUCUACAAAAUGGUUCGCUACACGUGGCUUGGGGAGGGAUUGGCCUAGCCGGAAGCGAUGGAGUUUGUCCUCCGAUCGGAAGCGGACACAAGCCCGAUGACGAUUACACACACGCGACGUACUUCCGAACAUUACAGUGGGUUAGUGAAGACCAGACUUAUCUACCGCCUUCAACAGAAGUGGGCAUAUGGGUGGAUAGAUCCCAUGUCUACGAUUUGAAGUACCAUCCGCAUGACCGACAUUUAGGCUACUGGAUGGGCUAUGGAGGUCCUGGAGGUUAUUGUAGGGGAUAG